AUGUCGACAAGCUAUCAAGACAGUCAACAACACAUUUCAAGUGAUGAAGAUAAAAUAAUUGAGGAAGAAAGUAAUCAAAAUGACCAACUACACAAUAUUGACAUAACGGAUACAGACAAUAAUCAAAAUAUUCAACAGGUUCAACAGAAUUCUAAUGAAAUAUAUUACAUUGUUGAACUAAAAAAAAAGUUUAAAGUAUGGGAGAAGCUUCACUCUUUGUCCAUUAUUAGUGAAGUAAUUACCAUAGUUAUUAGUAUUUUGUUCAUUGCCCUUGGUAUUUAUAUUUCAGUCUCAGACAAAAAUGGUAUAGAAUCAAAUAUUAAUUUUAUUGUUUCAAGCUCUAUUUUUGGUGUAAGCGGCAUAUCUAUUUUGGGCGAUACAUUAGAUGAACUAUAUAUUAAGGAAAAGGAUUUAGGAAUCCCCAGAACUUUUAAAUUUUGGGAAAUAGAAUUUAAUAAUGAUACCGAGAAAGCAAAAGCUCAAGGCGAAUCUAUAGUGUCACAUAAAGCUUAUGAAAGAAGUCAUCGAAAACCAUUAUAUUUUAUGAAAAAACUUGUCAAACAUACAAAAAUUAUGCUGAUGGCUGAAGUUGU